ACAUAACCUAUUGAAAUUUUGUAAACAUAACAUGGCUAAACUUGGAGCUUUUUAUGCCUUGUGCCCCCUAAUAGAUAAUAAAUAUAUUCUUGGGGUCACAGAAGAUUUAGAAAAAGGAUUUGUUAUUGCAACUUUGGGAAAAAAUAUUGCAAGCAGAUAUAAGAUUUCAGAUCAGAAACAAGUUUCCUGUUGGCGCACCAAAGAAAAAUUUAGUUCUGCUGUGAUAUAUGAUAAAGCUCUAGGGAAAUAUGGAGCUGUUUUCAAUAAGUCCUUCAUCAAGAUGUGGGAGAGUGAAGAAAGUCUUGACAAACUGAAAAAAUACAAAUUCAAUACACCCAUCCAUACAAUUAUAUCAAAAAAUGGUCACUCAUUUUUGGUAUUUCAAAAUGGUGCAGUCAUGAAACUGGCUGAAGCUUUGGAUCAGAGGAAAUCACUGAAUCCAAAAGGUUUAGACAUCAAAGAAAUUGAUGAUAUAAUAUAUGGAGAGAUGCAUGAAGAUUUUUAUUUUGGCAUCAUUGUUAAAACUGGAGGCAACACUCUAUACUGGACUAGAUAUGCAGAAGGACACACUACUAAGUUCAACAAAAUCCAGUUGGAUAGAGAUUUAUCAUUAAUUGGAUAUGCCUUCCAUCCUGUAAAAAAUAACAUGAAUGUAUUGAUUUUAUGGUCAGAUGGUAGUAUCUAUUCAUACAAUCUUCAAGAUUCAUAUAUGGAGACACCUUGCAUUGGUGAACUUUUCACAGUAAUUGAUUCCCUCUCAACAAAACACUCUGUCUCCAUCCUGUCCUUGGAUGAAAACUACAUAGCCAUGUAUGGAGCUAACUAUAAUGAAGAAGGUGCUGUAUUAGUUAUCUAUAACACUCAGUUCAAAGUAACACAAUCUAAACAGCCUUUCAAAUUGUUUACCAACAAUAGUGAAAUUUGGAGAGUAGAAGAAAAUUUGAUGGUACCAGUUGGUCAAAAUUUGGCUGUUAUUCCCUUCCAUUUGGAGAACGAACAGCUAGCAGCUCUAGUAGGUAGCCAUAAAAUUGUGCAAGACAAAGAUAGUGAAGUGAGGAUUGUACAAGAAGUUGAUGUAGCUUCAUGGGACACUAAGUACAAGAUGAGAGAUAGACAGCUUCCUGAAGAUUUGAAGAAUCAAAUUAGUGAAUUGAUCACCUGUGGUUUACCUGAAAGUAUCAUUUUAGAAGAAACCCUACCUGAAAUAUUCAAAACACAUGAUACAGCAUCUUUAUAUCUGUGCAUAAGGCAUUUCUCUGAUAUCCCUGAAGAGUACUUGGCUAAAAUCCUCAAGUAUACCUUAGAUUUGGAUGCCAAUUAUUUCAAUGAGAAAAAAUCAGAGUUUGUGAAUCUACCUGAAAUUCUACAGCCACUUGAAAGAGUAAAAAUCCUUGACAACAUCUUUAGCAGACCAUUCAGUGAAGUACUACUGCUGCCAUUUCUGAGACAACAACUUUCCAUUGGUGAUGUGUCUCUGUUACUGAACUACAUUUGUCUACUUUGGUCAGAUGACCAGAGUACUCUGCCUCAUUUGAACUCCAUAGAGACAGAAUCCAAACUACUUCAUUGGAGUUGCAUAUUGAUUGACUCCAACUAUCAGAAAAUCAUUUUGUCUAAUGAUAAAUCCAUCAGGGAGUGCCUAGGGGUCCUGAACAGAUUGAUCCAGGAUCACUUGAGUUGCCUGGGAGAUCUGAAGGUUAUUUUGCCAAUGUUGAGGAACAUCAAGAAGACAUCUCAGUGUACAGAUGCAAAUAUGCUAUCCUUGAGGUAUUCUGUGGAGCAGUUGAGUUUAUAUUAA